AUGUCAAAUGAACCUUCUAUUUCACAAGAAAUUGAGUCAUUGAAGGCCGAAAUAGCAGAGCUGCGCACAAGACAUGAAGAUCUGGAAACAGAGCUCUUUGCAAGCAAUGGUGGUAAAAACAAUAAUUCGAACCUUCCUCUGAGAUUCGAUGACUUGCUGGAUGAGUUUCCCAUUAUCAAAAAGCGGCUGGAUCGAAAUCUCACCGGUGGACAUAUGGAUAGCAUACCAAAAACUCCGACUGGAUCUCCAGCAAAGAUAGACAGGAGACUUGAGAGUCAAAGACUAGAGAACCUGCCCUCCGAUAUUUCUGAGCCUGAAUGGGUGCUUCGAACGCAGCCAUCCGUGGAACAUAAAAUGUUUGACGACAGUUUGGCAGAUCUACUUGACAUGGACAUCUUAAAAUCACCAUCGAAGCGUAAAAAGGUUACCGAAUCAAGAAAAGAGCUCGAGCUGUUAAAUAGAUCUCGAAUCGAAAACUUUUACAGGGGGUUUGGGAAAAGUAUCUUUCCAGUUGUUGAUCCGUCGGACUUGGACCGCCAGCAGGAUGGCCACGCAAGUGUAAAGCGACAGAUGUUGGGACUUAGACUCGAAAUUUUCAAUGAGUUGACUAGCAAAUUUGACCCUCCUUUCUAUAUUCUGUUUAAGCGUGACUUGAACGAUACAUGCUGGGAGCUGUUCAAACACACGCUGCCAUCUUACGUCGGUCUCGAAGACCUAUUGGAGAGUACGCGAGCCCACAGACUGUUGACCGAUAUUUCGCAGAUUUACACUUUUGCAAACAAGGCUUACAUGGCAUUACUAAAUGUGUCUAUCAAAUUGCAGGUUCUCCAAGGGCUGGAGUACAGCGGCAAGAUUUCUGAGUUGGAAAUGGACCCAGCAUGUACCUUGCCUUCCUUCACAAUGCCCGGGGUUACGACUCGUUUCAAGCUGCAGGUUGUUGAUCAGGACGUCACGGCCUAUUCAUGCAUACCUGAUACUCACAAGGAUUGGGCGACCACAUUACUGGGGCCUUUGGGGCAACUGGAGGCUCGAAUCGAUAAACUAAUAAAACACUGA